AUGGAUUUCUACCGUGCGACGAUAGACAGCCAGCAGCUUCCCGCCAGAAGCGGCGUUUUGCUCUCACCCGCUGCUUCCGAGCCCAGUUCUUUCCCCGGAUAUCGCUCUGAGGACCCCGGACCGCCGUUUAAAACCCGCCGUAUCCGUCCGGAAGCAAUAGUAGCACCAGCAACAGACACUCCCAUGGCGGCAACGUCAUUGGCGUCGCCGCAAGAGCCGGCGAUGGCGGUCAGAAUCAACCGGCCGGACCUGCAGUCGUUGACGGACGUCGUUAACGCUGACGGCCACGCGUGGCUGAAGUACGGCGAGAAGCGCAUCAGCAAGAACACGGUCAUGAGGCAAACUCAUAACGCCGCCCCUGGCGAAAACCGGUCACCAGUUUCGCAGCAGUUCGCGAGCAAUCAGGCGGUGGCUCCGACCUUGUGGUCUCCCAUGUCGAUUGACGAUUCGCCCAUUGGGCCGCUGGACGCGGCGCGAAACGCGGCGAUGAUGUCGCUCCCCAGCAGCCCAGCGACCAGCCCUCUCGCGAGCCCUCUCAGCGUGGACGCACCCCGCGACGCGUGCGAGAGGGCGUGCGACAGGGCGAGCGAAAGGGCGAGCGACAGGGCGAGCACGGGUGCUGACACUGUGAUUGGGCUUGGCGAGAGUGCGCUGCGGGGACACGUGGGGGAGGAGAGCCGACACGUCACCGACAUGGCGAUAAUAGGAGCGACGGCGACAAGCAUUCACUCCGCUGACACAGGCGCUGGCGUUGCUUCCCGCGGCGUCGGUGCUGCUGCCUGCUUCCCUGUGCUCGCCGCGACUCACGCUGCUUCGCACAUCACAGCUUGCGACACAGCGAGUACUGCAGCGGUUGCCCAUCCGUGGGGUGGCAACAGGGCGGCAGUGAGCGCGCCUGUAUCGCAGCUGCAAGCGACACAGAUGAGCGGUCUUGUUCGAGCAGACGCCUUGGCGUGGGGCAGCCACGGAGGAGGAGAGCAGGGAGGCUUGCAGGAACAUGCACGCGGUGCUGCCCCUGCUGCUGCCAUGGCUGUCGGUCCAGCCCGCGCCCGCAUCAGUGCAUGCACUCAAGGGGCGUUUUUCACAAGCCAGCGCUGCAGCAAGCAGGCGCAGCAAGGUGGGGAGGACGAAGGGGAUGAGGAGCUCCUGUCGCUGGACCUCUCACUCCGCGCCCCUGGAGCGUGUCAGGGCAGAGAGACUGCAGAACGUGCUGCAUGUGGGAGGGAGAGAGCAGUGACUGUGCCUGUCGAUAAGAGGCAUGCCCUCAACUGUGCUGCCUCUAUGCGCAAAAACCCUCAAGCGAGUGUACAAACUCACAUCAGCUGCAAUCAGCACCCAUUCCUGUUCAGCACUCCCAAGGCCGCCGCAAUGGCUUCGCGGCACGGAGGGGCCACGCGCUCCGACCAGCGGCAGCCACGUGUCGACCCCGAGGAGUGCAUGCGUGCGUGGCGGUCGUUUAUCGCGGGGCUCGGCGCGCCGAGGAGCCUAGGGCCUCACGAAUCGCAGAUUAGUGGGUCUUUCCGCCCUUUCCUCCGCCCGUUUGCGCUUGGCGCGCUGAUUGGCUCACUGCUAGUCGCCGUCUCGCUUCUCUCCGCCAAUCCCCCCCGCGCUGACCCCUCCGCGGCUGCAGCUUCCGCCAGUGGCGCGGGUGGCGCGGAAACGUUGGGGGGAGCGGGCGCAGGGGGGGAUGCAGCAAGUGGCGCAAGCUACACGGGACGCCGGGAAGGGGAGCUGUUUUCGCGCGGUGGCGUAACGAGUGAUGUGGUAACCAGCAAUGUGGUAACCAUAUCAUCGUCAGGAGGGGCUCUGGAUGCCGUUGAUUCCCUGCCGGGCCUGUCGGAGGGGUUCGGCUUGGCACUGACGGACCUGGAGCAGAGGUACGGAGUAGGAGCAGAGGUUCGGGAGCACGCACCCAUGCUCAGCAACCGCCAGCUGGCGGCGCUGAUGGCUGACGUGGCGCAAUGGCGAGCGAGGAGCGGUGCCAGCAUGGACGGCGUGCUGAGGGCGGCCAGGGAGGAGCUUCGCACCCUCCUCGCUUCUCCCCUCUCCACCAUCCAACUCGUUUCACCCUCCUCGCUCCCCCUCCUCCUCUCCUUCCUCCGGCCCCCCAACGCCUCCAACCACCCCACUGCCUCCGCGCUCUCCGCUGCUCUCGCCACUCUCCUGCCCAUCGAACCUGCUUCCGCUUCCUCCCUCACUGCUGCUGCCGCUGCUGCCCCUGCUGCUGCAAGGGAGGAGUAUGAGGAGUUGGUGCGCGAGAGAGGGGCGUGGGAGGUGGUGGGGUUGCGGCGGGAGUGGGUGGAGGCGCGGAGGGAAUGGAUGGGGCCUGCGCGCAACACCAUGGAAGCUCUUCAGCGCCUCAUGAGCAUGCAACCCGGCUCAGGCAUAUUCCGCAAGCUCUUCGAGUACAUCUUCUGGCUGCGCCCCUACGUUGCUCUCUUCCGCUCCAUACCCACCCCCACACUCUCCUCCCUCUCGUCCCUCCGCCUCUCCUCCAUCCGCUCCUCCCUCUCUCUCGACGGGCGGCAAGCAGCGUCUUGUCUCAACACUGCCCGCUCCGCCCUCCUCUCCUCCCUCCACACCCUCUCCUCCCGCUGCGGCGUCGACGCGGGUGGGGAGUUUUGGACUGACAUGCAUGAUGCGGCGCUGCAGCGGUACCGGUGGGUGGCUGAGUCCGCGUUUGACAAGUGGUGCGUGGACUGGGCAGCGGUGGGGGGCAGGUAUCGGCAGCAUGCGGGGAUGGUGGUGCCUGGGGAGGAGUGGAGGAGGGAGGGAUUGCAUGGUGGGGGGAUGGAGAAGGAUAUAGAGAAGGGCACCGCUGCCAACCGCACAGGCAACAGCAGCACUGGCAGCAGCGCCCCGCCACCCCCUGUGACCUACACGGGGUGGGUGCAGGGCACACCUCUAGCCAUCCGCCGUUCUGCCCUUCUCUCCCUCGGCUCGCUUGCACCUCUGCUGAGGGGAGAGGUGGGUGGAGCGGACGAGGGGCAGGGGGAUGCGAGCAGCAGCAGCAGCAGCAGGAUUGGAGCGUGGGUGGUGUGUGUGAGGGCGUGGCUUGCAGGGUACCGAGUGGGGCUGGUUCAUGCACCCUCUGCUGGGUUUCUCCUUGCCAAGCAGGGUGAUUCCGGUGCAGGGAGCAAUGGUGCUGGCAGUGUUGGUGGGGGGAGCAUUGGUGCAGGCAUGGGUCCUGCUGCAGUGAAUGGUGAGUUGUCUGCACUCGUGGCUCCCUAUUUGCACGCUGUAAAACAGAGAAUAGCCCUUCUAAAUUCAUAG